AUGUGUAAAAGUGAUGCAUUUCGACUGUGUUCGUCCUGUUCUCUCCCGCUCGACUUCCUCCAUCCAAUACCAGCAACAUUCAUUAACCAGUUCUACCAGAAUCUUAUCAUAUUCAAAGAGCAUCUUUCUAGUAUUCAACCGGGUGAUUUUGAUCACAACACAUUAGCAAAUCUAAUGGAACCUGAUCAAAAGCGACGUACUAUUGAAGAGUUUUGUGCAACACAGCAACAGGAUGUAGUGGCAGUGGCCGACGCGAUGGAAGUAGAUAAGUUGGCCGUUGAAACGAGAAAGAAUGAGCCGAUCUCAUUGGUGAAUGAUGAAUUUGCAAAAGAAAAUAUCGUGAUUGAAGAGGGAGUGAGGUAUAACGAUGAGUUUGUAAAUCAGUUAAUAAAUAAAUAUACCGACGUGGAUAUGGUCAGAGAUGUGGUACCUCAUCAUCUAUCCAGUGAAGAAUCCAGAGCCACAAGCGAACGGUUGUUUCUUAAUNUUUUUUUUUCGGUUUAUUCAGUUUCCGAUUUCACUCAACUGAAAAUGAAACUUAUAAACAGAAAAUUCAGGAUCGGUGACGAAAGUAAAGAAGUAUCAGAUUCUGCCAGUGAUGAGCGUUCAGUGAUUGAACCAGCACCAAAUGAUUUGUCACAUCUGAAUGAGCCGGCUAUUAGUCAAAUUCUUCAGAAGUCUACUGCAAGCAAAAAUUCCAAAUCUGACGGAACUGUUCAUGAUGAUGCAUCAGUUGUCCACUCAUUACUGAGUGAUCGCACUGGAAAUGAAUCAAACGGAAGAGAGAAUAAACCCAAAAUUAACUUCUUGGCUGAAGAGACACAGGAAUGUGAGGCGGUGAAUCCUUCUCCUAUGAUGACACAAGAAAUACCAGUUUUUAAAGAGCCCGAUGAAUAUCUCUUCUUCAAGAGUCGUCCGUCUGCAACAUUUCAUAACGGUGCGGUCAAUCUUCAUCGCAUGGAAGAAUUGCAUCAAAAGAUAAUAUCGCAAUCGACAAGUAAUCGGCAGUGUAGUGUUUCAAAGCGAGAACGUAAACUACAUCGUAAGAAGAUGACGAAUGACCUCAUGAAGGCAGCACUUUCAGGUCAAAAGCAACCAAUGCUCAGUGCAAUCGCGAUGGGCGAAGACGUGAACCAAAGAGAUGCACAAAAAUAUACGGCGUUACAUCACGUAGUUGCGUUAAAUGCGGUUGAUUUGUGCCAAAUUCUGGUUGAGAAUGGUGCUGUGAUUAAUGCGUACGGAGGUGAAUUGUGUGAAACUCCAUUACACAUUGGUGUACGGAACGAUGCCUUUGAUGCAGUUAAAUAUCUGCUGUCGAAGGGUGCAGUUAAGAAAGCGAAAAAUAUCAAAGGUGAAAGACCAAUUGAUUUACUGCGAAACGAAUCAAUGAAGCGAAUAUUCCACCAAAUUAAUCAGUGCAUGCAAAUCGGCGAGUUUUUAUUGACUCAUUCAAUUUAUCCAUCGUGUAUGAAUCGACGUUAUUCGGUGUAUUUAUCGAACGCAAUCCCCCAGCGACUUGCCUCUGAAGGCAGAAAAUACCUCCAACGAACUGACCAAUAUACUGAUCGCAUUGAAAAUGCGACUCAUUACGUUGUUAAAACGGCUUUCUGCAAAUAUGCUGAAGCUUCAGGUCGAAUAAUGGAAGCAAUACUACGUGGUUUAUUCAUAGUAUCAGACGAAUGGUUGCAGCGGUGUAUUGAGAGUGGGAAGUUGAUCGACGAAAGUGGAUACGAAGUGGAUGGUUUCGUUCGCGAACGUCAACUUCUUGGUGAACAUUCGAAUGCGAAAGCGAGGAAAAAUCGACUGAAUAUGGUUCGUACUGACAAUAUUUCUAGCGACAUGACAGGAGUAUUCGCAAUAUAUGUACCAGGACAGGCAAUUCCGCGACGAAUAAUUGAGCAGAAACUUAUCAACAUUGUCACUCCUUUAUGGUUACAAGAGUGUGUGCUUCGCUUCGAACUUCUACCACCAGACGCACAUUGA